GAGCCGAGAAAGACUGUACGAUGAACGGUGACACACGGGCCGCGGUGGUGACCUCGCCACCCCCGACCACAGCGCCUCACAAGGAGAGGUACUUCGACAGGGUGGAUGAGAACAACCCGGAGUACUUGCGGGAGAGGAACAUGGCGCCGGACCUUCGCCAGGACUUCAAUAUGAUGGAGCAGAAAAAGAGGGUGUCCAUGAUCCUGCAGAGCCCCGCUUUCUGUGAAGAGUUGGAAUCAAUGAUCCAGGAGCAGUUUAAGAAGGGGAAGAACCCCACAGGCCUGUUGGCAUUACAGCAGAUUGCAGACUUCAUGACCACGAAUGUGCCGAAUGUCUACCCUGCAGCCCCGCAAGGGGGCAUGGCCGCCUUAAACAUGAGUCUUGGUAUGGUGACUCCUGUGAAUGAUCUGAGAGGGUCUGAUUCAAUUGCCUAUGACAAAGGGGAGAAAUUAUUGCGGUGUAAGCUGGCGGCAUUUUACCGAUUGGCAGAUCUGUUUGGUUGGUCUCAGCUCAUCUACAAUCACAUCACGGUCUCUGCAAUGAAGUGUGGCCUCUUGCCAGUCUCCCCGGAGGCACUUUCCCUUGGAGAGGUGGCCUAUCACGACUAUCACGGGAUUCUGGUGGAUGAGGAAGAAAAAUUAUUAAUUCAGAAAAAUCUGGGGCCUAAAAGCAAGGUUCUUAUUCUGCGGAACCACGGGCUCGUGUCCGUCGGAGAGAGCGUCGAGGAGGCUUUCUACUACAUCCACAACCUCGUGGUCGCGUGCGAGAUCCAGGUUCGGACUCUGGCCAGCGCAGGAGGGCCAGACAACUUAGUCCUUCUGGAUCCCGGCAAGUACAAAGCCAAGUCUCGUUCCCUGGGGUCCCCGUCAGGGGAGGGUACCAGCUCACCUCCCAAGUGGCAGAUUGGCGAGCAGGAGUUCGAAGCCCUGAUGCGGAUGCUCGAUAAUCUGGGUUACAGAACCGGCUACCCGUACCGAUACCCUGCUCUGAGAGAGAAAUCUAAAAAGUACAGCGAUGUGGAGGCUCCUGCGAGUGUCACGGGGCACUCCUUUGCUAGUGACGGGGAUGCGGGCGCUGGCUCCCCCCUCAGACACAGUUUUCAGAAGCAGCAGCGAGAGAAGACAAGAUGGCUGAACUCUGGCCGGGGGGACGAUGCUUCUGAGGAAGGGCAGAACGGAAGCAGCCCCAAGUCGAAGACUAAGUGGACUAAAGAGGAUGGACACAGAACCUCCACCUCUGCCGUCCCUAACCUGUUUGUCCCAUUGAACACUAACCCAAAAGAGGUCCAGGAGAUGAGGAACAAGAUCCGAGAGCAGAACCUGCAGGACAUUAAGACGGCCGGCCCCCAGUCCCAGGUGUUGUGCGGUGUAGUCAUGGACAGGAGCCUUGUCCAGGACGCACCCCUCUCUGACUGUACGGAAACAAUCGAAGGGCUCGAGCUCACAGAGCAGGCCUUUAGUCCUGCUAGAUCUCUGUCUUGUAGAAAGGGGGAGCUGGUGACAGCCUCCAAAGCCAUCAUUGAGAAGGAGUACCAGCCCCACGUCAUCGUGAGCACGGCGGGCCCCAACCCCUUCAGCGCUCUCACCGACCAGGAGCUGGAGGAGUACCGCAGGGAGGUGCAGCGGAAGCAGCAGGGCCCGGGAGAGAGUCUGGACGAGAGCAGAGAAGAGGAGGAGAAGAGUCCUCCAGAGCACCCUGCUGGCCCCCACACCCCCCCCAGCACCCCUGUCAAGCUUGAGGAAGACCUGCCGCAGGAGCCUGCCUCCGGAGAGGACACUGAUGCUGCCACCUUCAAGCCGACCCUCCCCGACCUGUCCCCUGAUGAGCCUUCAGAAGCGCUUGGCUUCCCGACACUGGAGGAGGAGGAAGAGGAGGAGGAGGAGGGGGAGGGGCUCUGUGAGGCCCGUGAGCCCCCCAGCCCCGCCAGGUCCCCCUUGGUGGCCAGCCCCGAGCCAUCCUCUGCCCAGGCGGCUGAAGAGGCCGCCUCCCCAGCUGCCGAGGAGGGGGCCGCCGUGGACCCUGGCAGCGACGGGUCUCCGGGCAAGUCCCCUUCCAAAAAGAAGAAGAAAUUCCGCACCCCCUCCUUUCUGAAGAAGAGCAAGAAGAAGGGUGACUCCUGAAGGCCCUGUCCUGUGCCAGCCAGCGUCCCCAGACCGCCCGAGCGUCCCGUGUUGUCUUCCCGUGUAACGGAAUGCGAAAGCCCACCCGCCUGCAUAGCUCGAGCUCCGCUCACGCGACCGGUGCUCCCCUCGCGUGUGCGCAGCGGCCCCCGUCCUUCCCCGGGUUCCGGGGGCGACGGGACCACAUCCCUCCCAUCUGUGUGCCCCUUCUUCCCCUGGGAUGGGCAGGCCCGGCUCUGGCCUUGACCUCUCUCUGCUGUUGGGAAGUGGCCCGCGCUGUGUGUCUGCCAGGCUCCCCUUCACCCCAAGGUCUCAGGCGCCUGAAUCAGACCUGUAGUUUCCUGCUGGCUGCCUGCCCGGUGAGUGCGCUCACUCUAUUCAAAGCCUCACUCCUGUGCCUGCUGACGCUCGGGGCCCGCGACCCCGACAGUGAAGGGGCCUGUGUCUGCCCAGCGCAGCCUGUGUGUGGUCUCAUCACCCUGAGGCCAGAAGCCGGUUCAGGGGCUCCCCGUUCCUUACUCACUGGGGUCUCUAGAUUCCUGUCAUGGGGAAGAUACGUCAAGACGGGGAAGAGUCCUUCUAGAAUUUUCUUCCACAGGUUUGCAAUUCAUCCUAUGUUUUAUACCAUGAAUGGGCCACUUUUUAGUUUUCUCUCUGUUCACUUCUCUGGGGGAUGUUUUGGACCGAGAAGGGGUCUUUUACUUUAACUCUGCCUGAAAGACCCCGGGGUUUGGUAAAGGGUAGCACAAGGCAUGAGACCUGGCGCCCCCCCCCCCCCCCCCCCGUCGUCUAUGAGCCUGACUUGCUCUCCUUGUUCGACAUCGUGAAUUUUCACUUAACUCAGACCCGAGAGGCCACGUGAAGCUGCGUGAUGAGCGGCGGGUGAUGCCGGCGCUGCGCGGUGCCAGGCUGACCGGGCGGACCCGGUGCCAGCGCGGCCGGGGCCCACGCUCCUGGCACCCAGGCAGGACCUGAGGCUGGCGGCAUGGCGCGGAUCGCUGCUUCGAGCUUGCUGGUGACUUGCUUUUCUCCCGUGUGUCGUUUUGUUGCCACGGUGGCGUCCAGGCGCUGUGCCCUCGGCCCGCACUUCAUUUGACCCUGGACUCUCUACCCCUUCCUUCUGUCCCUCACACGCAGUGACUUUCAUUUCACUUUUGUAGUUUAUUUUAACUCUUUGUAUCACAACAUGAGGUUUAGUCAAGUGUAUGGACACAGGCUUGGGAGGGUGGGGCCUCUGUCCUCUGCUGUGACGUGUUUUACUCACAAAUAAAAUUCUUUCAGCAGUUUCCUUGUCUAAA